AUGUUGGUUUCUUUGGAAGCGUUGGCAAUGGCAGGUGCAAGUGACGUGGAAUUCGGCAUGGACAUUGAAGAGUGGGAACGCAAAGAUUUGGAGGAAUAUCCACCACCCCAUUUACUAGCCCAAGAAGAAGAAAAGGAAGAAGGGAACAAUAGAGUGAGAAGGUUAAAGAAGGGUCAUGUUUAUGGCCUUCCUACCACCCAUUUUCUUCCCAAUCACAACGCACGGGAAUAUGACGAGGAAGAAGAAAACGGUGUCACCUUCACCAAUAUCCAAGAAAAGAUGGAUAGAACCGUCGAAACUACAUCACAAUGUGCGAGAUCCAUGAAAAUAAUGGCCAGAGCACUUAAAACAUUAAUCAUGUUCUUGUGCUAUAUGGACAAGAGAUUCAGGAGAUUAAUUAACGCCCGUGCGGUCAGAGAUUUGAAGCUCAGACAAAGGACCGAAGUUUUACCCUUUGCAAUGGCUGGUAUGGAUUACAUGGAGAAUGCAAUCAAUGUUCGUGCUUUGGAACAGAGCUUUAACCAAAGUUUAAGUCCUGAGGCUGAGAGAAGCCAUUGCAGCACUUGUACGAGGUUGGACAAUGACAUGGCCAUGGAGUGGGUGAAAAUGAAGAUGCGCGAAUGGGCCAUAGCAGUUGCUUCAGACAAUCACACCAAAGCUGAUCUUAGAGUUUCAGAGAUACUUCUUAUAAUGGAUAGUCACCAUUUAAUGCAUUCCAUUCAGAAGUGA